AUAGCGGAUUAUUUUCCUAAUUUUGUCACGUGACUGUGUAAAGGGGUUAUUAAGUACAUUGGCGAAAUAAAACAUUCAACUGACAUAAUGCCCUCAAAUGUUGAAAUCAAGGCACGUGUGCCUGAUAUGGAACUACUUGAGAGUAAGGCCAGGGAUCACAGUGGGGAGGAGGGAAAACUACUUGAACAGGAAGAUGUCUUCUUUGUGACACCAAAGGGACGCUUAAAGCUACGUCAUUUGAAGGGACAGGCAGCACAAUUGAUUUAUUAUGAGAGGCCGGAUGAGGAGGGACCAAAAACGAGUUUAUACCAUGUCUUUGAAACUGAAAAUCCAGAAGAUUUAAAGAUCGCCCUAUCAAUGUGUCUGGGGGUGAAAGGUGUAGUGAAGAAACGUCGCAAGCUGUUCAUGGUGGGGCAGACUCGGGUGCAUGUUGACAGAGUGGAGGGCUUGGGAGACUUUAUGGAACUAGAGGUGCAGAUGCAAGAGGGACAGACUCCUGAAGAAGGUCAAAAAAUUGCAGAGGAUCUAAUGGAGAAGCUUGGUAUCUCGAGAGACUCUCUUAUAACUGGUGCUUAUAUGGACCACAUAUUAAAGAAGACAGAACAGAAUGGAGAAAAUGAAUCACCAUCAAAGAAGAUCAAACACAAUUAGCACCAUAAUAUAAUAAUAAAAGACAUUACUACCAUGAGUUAUGAUUAGGGAAAUAAUCAUUUUAAAAAUGGGAUGGAAACUCAUGUAAUUACAUUUAUUUAAUAAAAGCUCUACUCCCAUUCAUUAGGCA